UCCAACGUUCAGGCUCCCCUAGUUUUUGCACCGGUUGUCUAGCAAGCUUUCUCUUCUCACAUAUAUGAUUCUUACACGCUCCGAAUACGAUCGCGGUGUCAACACUUUCUCUCCCGAAGGACGAUUGUUCCAAGUUGAAUAUGCUAUUGAAGCUAUCAAGCUCGGUACAACUGCAAUCGGAAUCGAAACUUCAGAGGGUGUCAUUCUUGCUGUUGAGAAGCGUGUUUCCUCUCCUUUGAUGGAACCCUCUUCUAUUGAAAAGGUUCUCGAAAUUGACGAACAUAUUGGUUGUGCUAUGAGCGGUAUGACCGCCGAUGCAAGAACCAUGAUUGACCACGCCAGAGUGGUUGCUCAGAACCACACAUUUACCUACGACGAAAAAAUCAAAGUAGAGAGUAUCACACAAGGUGUUUGCGAUCUUGCAUUACGGUUCAGCGACAGCGCAACUGGUGAAAAAGCCAGCAUGGGACGACCAUUUGGUGUUGCAUUACUCAUUGCUGGUGUUGAUGAGAAUGGCCCACAAUUGUUCCAUGCUGACCCUUCAGGUACAUUCAUGAGCUAUAACGCUAAAGCCAUUGGCUCUGGAUCAGAAGGUGCACAGACCGAACUCCAGGAUAACUGGCACAAAUCCAUCAAGUUGCAGGAGGCAGAGGAACUUUCACUCAAGGUCCUCAAGUCUGUGAUGGAAGAGAAGCUCAACAAGUCAAAUGUGCAGUUAGCGUCAGUCACCACGAAAGAUAAAUUCAGAAUCUAUAGCGAAGAAGAACUUCAAGCCGUCAUUGACAGAUUGUAGAAAUAUAAUUAAAAAACAGGAAUCAAAUCAUUAAUAUUUUUUGGUUUAUUGGG